GCGGUGCCGGGACUGCCAUAAGAGCCGGUGCGCGCGCGCCUACUGGUAGCUGAGGCAGCGGUGCUUGGGUGUGAGUCUCCGUCCCUCUCCUCCUUCGCCGCGCCGCGAGGCGCCGUCCCACCUCACCUCCCCCCCCUCACCUUCUCAGGCUCGGCGAUGGGUUCCCGGGCGUCCACAUUGCUGCGGGAUGAGGAGAUCGAGGAGAUCAAGAAAGAGACGGGAUUCUCCCACAGUCAAAUCACCCGCUUGUACAGUCGCUUCACCAGCCUGGACAAAGGUGAAAAUGGCACUCUUAGCCGGGAAGACUUCCAGCGUAUACCAGAGCUUGCCAUCAAUCCACUGGGAGACAGAAUUAUCAAUGCCUUCUUUCCAGAAGGAGAGGACCAGGUGAAUUUCCGUGGUUUCAUGAGGACACUAGCUCACUUCCGACCCAUAGAAGAUAAUGAAAAGAGCAAAGACCAGAAUGGACCAGAACCACUCAACAGCCGAAGUAACAAACUCCACUUUGCUUUUCGGUUAUAUGAUCUAGAUAAAGAUGACAAGAUCUCCAGGGAUGAACUUCUUCAGGUAUUACGGAUGAUGGUUGGUGUAAACAUUUCAGAUGAGCAGCUGGGCAGCAUUGCUGACAGGACAAUCCAGGAAGCUGAUCAAGAUGGGGAUAGCGCCAUCUCCUUUGCAGAGUUUGUAAAGGUUUUGGAGAAGGUGGAUGUAGAGCAGAAAAUGAGCAUUCGAUUCCUUCACUGAUGGAUGGAGAGCCUGUUCCUUUCUACUCCUGCUAUAUAAUAAAUAGAACUUCAUUUUCUCCUUAGCACCCUCCCCCAGAGUGUUGCUACUGGUGCAUAUACAAUACAUCUCCAACCUCUCCCUGAUUUAUUUUAUCAAUGUGAACAUUCCCUGUGCAUCAGGAACAAAGGGAAAUGGCUGCCAUGCACCUUGGAAAGGAGUGUUGUUUUUUUAAGGUCUUGCUUCCAGUUUUUUUACCCUUUCUCCCUUGUCUACUUCUGCACUACCUUUUCAGCAAAAAUGUCUGUUCUUGUGUACUGCUGUUUAAUCUACAAACUGAUUCUUCUGAGCUCUGAAUCUGAGAAUGGAAAAACAGGAGCAUGCCACGGAAGUGCCCUCUGAAAGAGUUUGGAGAAAAGCAUCUAUUCAAAUACUAGGUGCAGUGAUGAUAGUUCACUUUUGCUUCCAGUAGCAACACCACAUUACAGCUGCCUUUUUUUUCAUUUCCUCUUUGGGUCUUUACAUGCAGAUUGGUUUUUUCUCUACUUCCAAAUCUGCCUUUUACUUGUGGACUUCUCAAUCUCUGUAGCUUUGUUGGGCAACUAGCACAGAAUGUAUGAUGGUAGCCUAGAGUGCUGUGAAUACAUGGCUGGCUAUUUACGAACACAUACAGAGAUGUGUCCCUUUUCCGAGUUAAGGAAAGAUGGCUCGUCCAUCUAUCGUCAUGUCCGAAGUGACGACGUCAUGUUUUAGUAAUCAUCACGAGAUUCCAGCACUGUAUACCAUACUGUUGAUAUUUAUUAAAUCUGAAAAACAUAAAAACAUACAAUAAAUAACUAUUAAAACCAAAGACUAAAAGACAAACAUAAUAUCAACAGUAACAUAUAUUUAAUAACAAACAUAAAACCAACAAUAAAUUAAAACCAACAACUUCACUAUAAAACAAACAAUUAAAACCAAAAAUGAAAAUUCAUGUGCAAAAAAUUAAAAUUCAAGUAACGCCUGUGGCAGCUGAGCUUGAAAAGAUGUGGACAAUAUCAACAGAUGAGAACAGAGCCAAAUUUGAUAGUCUUAUCGCAGUUUUGUUAAUACGGGACUGAGAGAGUCCAAUGUCUAACAAUACCUCACUGUUACCAUCGUACCAUUUACCCCUCGCACCCGGGGGGAAGCCAAAAAAUUUUACAGACAAAGCACCCGUUAAAUUUAUAAUUUGAUCUCUUAAAUGUUCAUAUUUCUGAACUUUUUCUACGGCUGCUUCUUUUAAUGUUAAAGAGUGCUUUCAUAUUGAAUGGUGACAUCAAUCACUAUCGCAGCCUUGUCUUUAACAAUAAUCAUAUCUGGUUUAAAAAGCUCAUUAUUAUCAUUCCUAAUCAAAGGUUCAAUGAAAAUUUUCCAAUUUUUCUUUUUGGCUUCUUCUGCUAUGAUAUUACAAGCAAUAUUAUGUCGUUUUAUUCUUGCUUCCUGCACCCUCGGACAGUAACCAAUUAUAUGGGCGCAGGAUUCGGUCUGCAGGUCUUAAUCUGGGCUUCAUGCCUCCCCGUAGACAGGAAUUCCCUGUUGGGGUAUACGUUUGCCCGUAAUUGCAGCACUGUUAGUAAUUUUCUAUGGGGAAUGCCCUUAUAAUUUACAAUCCAAUCAUUGCUAAUUUUAUUUUCAAAAUUCUUAAUUCCAAUUCCCUGGGAUCCUAACUUUGUCCAAUUAACGAAUUCACUUUUUCUCCAAUCACUAGGCCUCGGAAAAAUGGUUUUGGGAGUGGAUACUUCCCAUUCCGAGGUUGGGUUCUCUCCUGAUGUUAUCUCAGAAAUUUGCAUUACAGAUCUCGGAUCCCAUAUGGAUGGUAUCUUAUUUUUGUCGCCCCCAGCUGUUAUCCAUAAUUUUUCAUAUUCCUUUACAGUGCUGUGAAUACAUUUUUAUUCUUUGUGGGAUUAAUUCACAGGGACAAUAAGAGAACCUGUGGUGGAGACAGGCUCUGGUGUCCUUAAAAGUAAUAGGAAUUCUGCACAAAGUCAAUUACUGUUCCAGUAGCAGAUGCAGGAACUUGUUUCUUUGAGUUGCUUGCAGGCUUGACAGACAAUGGACCAUGAAGUGCCCUCUCCAGGUUGCUUUGUUCUAGGAUCUCUCUGCUCAUCCAAGUGGUUUUGCCUCUGAAGGUGUGAACUUGUUUUACCCAUGUAUGUGAUGGAAGAAAACUAGUGAUGCUAGUGAUGGUAGCAGUGUCAUGAAACAUGGUACUGACUUUUUUCUCUUAAGUCAUAAUGGUCUGGAUAAUCAAUUAUUUAUAUUUUCCAGUAUGGAAGUCCUGGUCUGCUCAUGUUGAGGGUGGUAGUUGUAUUUAUGAAAGCUCUAGCAUAGAAGUAUAAUUUGGGGGAAGUACGCGUUAUGCCAAACAUUUCAGGAUGUUUCUACACAAGCCUCUUUGCAAGUAUAAGAUUAUUACUAUUAAUAUAAUUCUGGUAAGUUCAAGAGAUGAAAAUUGAGGGUUCAAUAGUAACAGUUUUCUGUGGCUAGGUUGGCAGACCUCAUCUAGUUCAGCUGGAGCAUCCUAUAGUCCUUCCAAUAAAACAAAAAAAAUCUUUGGGAGCUUCUUUAUUGAAGAAUCAGUGUUAUAACUGCUUCUCUGUCAUGUGUUAACAUUUCUAGAAACACUUGCCAGUCUCAAACUAUCCUCAAAUGUGCAUUUCCUUUUUUUCUCAGUUCCUUUAAUCAUCACUUGUGUUAAAGAAUAAUGUGCAAGUCUCUGAAGGAUUUUAUUUGUUUGCAAUUCCUUAAUUUAAAAGUGAAAUGUUGCACUUCAUUGUUUUGCACAGUGCAGCACAAUUUCAGAAUGAAGAGUAAAAAACCUCUGCUCUAUAUGAAAAACUACAGUUUUAGGACCAUGUCUUGUAAAAUAGGGAUGUUAACAAAUUGAAAAGUAAAAAAGUGUGUAGGCUUUGUGAUCUGCUUGAAAGUAGAUGUUGCUCUUAGCUGGCUCUAUAUUUGUAUCCUACAGUUGUGCCUUAUUGUCCCAGUAAGACUGGAUAUUGUAUUUAUCAAUCCAUAAAUAAACCUUCCACUAUAUGAAAAAAAAAAACCAACCCCAGAACUAUCACUGUAUGGUAACUGACUAUUGACUUUUCCAGUUGUUGAAUACCAAUAAAACAGUGCUAGCAGGCCUUACAGAUCAAGCUUUUUGAAUUGAGCUUGUUUUCAGUACAUUAAUAAUCCUCCUUUCUGCUGAGAGUAGAGGGAGCUUGUGCAAAACAUAAGCUCCAGAAGAUGACAAGCAAUUGUACUGCACUAUGGAUUCUAUAACAACAUGACAUUAACACAUCUCCAUGUUUCCAAACCAGGCUUCUUUUCCCCAUAGCAGUAGUGUGUUGUUCUAAUCAAAGGGUAUGCUAAUACCAAUGUCAGUUUGUCUGUCCUGAUAAGCCUCUGCCUCAGAAAUUGGGUAUUUUUUGCUAAUGUGCUUUCGUGAACACAAAUACUCUUAAC